AUGCCGUCUCCAAAUGAGAGUGUCGCUUAUGAAAGCGACAGCGACGUUUCCGAGAUGGACCCUGAAUCGGAUAUUCUCGCACCAGUGCAGCGCCGUAUCGAAGAGCAGCUGCGGAAGCACUUGCAGGAGCUAUCGCAACAGAUCCAUGAGACGAAGAAUGAACUGUCAGGUGUCGAAAAAGAGCGCGAAAGCUGUGGUGUGGACCUCUACAAUGCCCAACAGCAUCUGGCAACACUGCAAAAGACCCUGGAGGGGUACCACGAGAAGCACGCAGCAAUUCAGCAGCAACACGAUGAUAGGCUGCGUGCCCGUGAGGAGCUCUCUGCUGCGGCAGAGGGCGCUCAGAAGAAGGUUGACGAGCUGCGAAAACAGUAUACCCGCCACCACAACGAGCUGACGAAGCUGACGGAGACGCUGAUGAAGGUGGAGCGGUUCAAUCGAGAAUUGAAGGAUGAGGUGGAGCUUGAGCGUCGCGCGGCUCACAAGACGGAGGACGAUAUCACCAACCUGGAGAAGGCAAAACUACGACAAGAUUCACUCAUCCUCUCCAUGCAGGAGCGCAUCAAGGCACUCGAGAACGAGAGUGCAACACUAGACGAACAGAUAGACAGCCAGCGUGAGGAAACAAAGCGCGCUCGCGAAACAUUGGCCGAUGCAACAUCGGAGAUGGAGGCCAUUGUUAUCGAGAAGAAGCAGCUCGUUCAGCAGUGGCGAAGCUCUCUUAUCGGCAUGCAGCGACGGCAGGAUGCAGUGCGGAAGACCGAAGAGGCGCUGCAACAACAGAAAAAUGAACUCCUUGUACUCGAGAACGAGAUCACUGGCUACCGCCGUGACAUUCGCACGAAACAGGCAGAGAAUGCGAAACUCACUGCGUUCAUGUCUCGUAUUGACAAUGAAAUCAUCAUAUUGGAAACGCAGAUGGAUGGGCUGCUGACGAAGAAGGAGGAAGCCACUAAGGCAUAUGCACUCUUGGAAAAGAGCAUUGCAAGUACAAUCCAAGAGCGCAAGGCUCAGGAGCAGAAAAUGAAAGACAAGGUAGCUGAGCUAUCAGAGGUGGAAAAGCAGAUUGCAAAGCACGCCAAGGCCAUCGUUGAAAUGGAGAAUGAGGUGUUGGUGCAUCUGAGCAAGGAGUGCACCUUGAAGCAGGAGAGCCAAGGAGCGCUGCUGGAGAUCCGAAAGAUCAAGGACUCUAUCCGCGCAAAGGAGCAACAGGUAACUCAGAUGGAGAACGAACUGGCGCGAAUUCGCGUGGAUACACUGCAGUCGAAAGCGUACAACGAAACGCUUGCAGCCUCUCUUGCUGACCUUGAGAAGGAACUGCAGUCGCGUAGUGCGAUGGUAGAGAAGAUGCAGGUCGACAUUCGCCGCCGAAACGACGAGAUCGAUCGCAAGCAAAACCAGCUUGACCAGCUCAAUCAUCAAUACGAGCAGAUUCUAGCAGCGCACAACGAUAUGCAGGGCGAUCAUGUCGGACCCCUCGAGGCGACAAUCAACAGUCUUUCCAAGGCCAUUGCCUCUAAAUCUAGCGAGAACGAGGCACUACAACAGGAGUGGAUUCGGUUGCAAACCGAGUUGGUUAACUACAAGAACACCAUGAAUGACAUCAACGAAGCCAUCCUCGAUGCACAGACGAAGGCGACCAUUCUGGCCCAGAAAAAGGACCGCCUUCUUGCCAACAUCAGCGAAGGAAAGCAGCAGGUUGCAAACUUGCAGAACAAGUCAAAUGCAAUGCAUCUAGAAAUGAAGCAGGUAAACACGUUGCUCAGCCACAGUAAUGGCGCACAGCGAAAUGCCUCUGAUGACGUGUUCUUUCUUGAAAACGAUCUGGUUCGACGACUUGAGGAGAGGAAGCGUGAAGCCAUUCAGCUCGAGAAGAAGGUAGAUGAAACCCGUCAGAGCAAGUCGGACAUUGUCGAGCAGAUCCUCUCCUGCGAGCGGGACAUCAUGUUCUGGGAGCGGAAGCUGCAGGUUGCUCGGGAAACAGAGAUGGCGCUGGACCCCACAAUCGGGUGUGCCGAGAUGGAAAAGAUGAAGAAGGAGAUCACAUUCAUGGAGCAGCGUAUGUCGCAGCUGCAGCGCGAGCAGAAAUUCCUCAUCGAGGAGAUGCGAAAGAUGAUCGACCAUCGCGAUGCCAUUCGGACGAAAGGCAAGGCAAUUCAGAUAGCGUCUCAGAAGAACAAGAACGGCGCAACUAGGGUCGCUGUGGAAAAGGAGAACACGCGCCUAUUCAAGGAACUGAAUGCGAAGCGGCAGGAGUCGCGCACGAAGGAGAAACUAAUCAAGGAGAGCAUGGCAGAGAUGGAUCGCAUCGCAGCGGAUGUGGACCGCACCCAACACGAAAUACAGAACCUAGACGCUCAGAUUGAGGAUUUGCAGGGUCAAAUCGCUGCGGCUAAGAAAGAGCGAACUCGCGCUGAAGACGAGAAGCGACUGCGGCAGAACCACCUCCAACGGUUGCGGGAUGGUGAGGCAGGCACGUACCGGCUCUUGUGCUACCCCGAGGAGUCCGCGACGGAGGCAGCGCGGCUGGAUGAGGGCCGCCUGGCGGUGGCAAAUGUCAUGGAGGAGUUGUCGGCGCAGUUCCCAGACCUUGCGCCGUCCUUGCAGGACCUGAUGACGAGCAUCUGA